ACUGCUCCGAUAUGCACCGGAACGCAAUUUCGGACGCGGCCCGAGUCGACCCGAGUGUGAGCGUCCGCCGAGUAGAGCCGAAAAUCUCUUUUUGUUAUUCCGUCGUUCCGUUUUUCCUUCAUUAGCGCCGCGCAGCACCGCCAAUAACACCGCUGCACACUAAAACUACACUCUAAACAUACCAGGAAGACACAGGAAGGCCAGGCCAGUAGCAGCAGCAGCCCUGCCUGGCGAAGAGAAGUGAGAAGAGUUUCCGCGGCGCGCGCGAGUAUUCGUUCUUCGUAGCAAAAAAGGAAAAAAUACAUAAUUUUUUUAUCCGUCAUCCGGUACGUUCGCGUUAGAUAUUCGGUUGUGUCAAUUUGUGCUAUUCCUAAAGCGGAAGAAAGGGAAAAUUAAUUAAGGAAAAGUCUCACCCUCCCUGAAACGGGGAACGAGCAGGAAGCAACCGCCACACACUACAGUCCGCGCGCGUAGACCUCUAACCAAAGCCGGAGAGAAGACACCGCCGAAUUAAAGGAAAAAAAUCCAACCCCCUGUAGUGACCAGUGAUGUGAAAAAUCUGGAGAAUAAAAAAAUUCACCCACCGGGAAAAAUUCGUUCAGAAGUGAGAGAUUCGUCCGGGGUGACUGUAGUCUUCAACGCCCCUGCUGCUGCUACAGAGCAAUGCGGAGCUGUCUCAUCCUCGGAUUAGCAUGCGAGAAAUUCGGGCGGUGGUGAUUUUCCUUCAAGUGAGAUAUUUUUUCCAACAAUUUCCAAUUUAAUGUUUGAGUUCAAGAACAAAAUCAAACUCGGGCGGCCGCAACAGGGAGAGAUUAUUUUUUGUUCAGUUUCCGUACAGUUUCAACAGUGUGAACAGCACCAAGUGAUCCGAUGUGGGGUGAAGCUCAUGCUGAGGAAGAAUUCGAUCGAGUGACAGAGAAGUGAUAGCAAAGCUGCGAAUGAUAGUGCGUGUGAAUGACGAAAACCCCAAACCCUCAGUUGAUCUCAACGUUCAGUAGUGUCAAAGCCCUUUCAGUUUCCUCAGUUAAACAGGCUACGUUUGGUCCACCGGGAAGAGCAGUAAUACAGUGCCAGUGGAGGAGCACCGAGGGUGUUCGAUCGCGUGUUGUAGGAGAGAGGCCGCGUGCGCAGCGGACUCUGCGCGUAUGUGCAUACUGCGUUGUGUUGUGUCGCGCCGGUUGUAUGUGACCCAGUGGGGGGACUUUGUCCACCGACUCCAGCAGAGCCGCCGACCGGAACCGGCGAAAACAUCAUCCUAAUGAAAAGUGGACUGGAGCGCGUUGCUGAAGAAUUGAUGGGACGCAGGAAAUGGAAACAUUAUCAGGACGUCCUUACGCGCCAACAGUUAAACCUGCUGGACCCGAGCACCAACGCUACCGUCGCGGACGACGUCGAGGUCGAUCGACUCCAGAGUGCAGCGGCAGCGGCGGCGGCGGCGGUCGCGGUCAGCGGUGUUGCCAGCAACGCGGUCCCCUCGCUGGUGUCGGCGGCGGCAACCGUCGGCGGAAACCUUCUCGACCAGAAGGGUGGCACUGCGAUAGUUCGCAACGGUCACUAUCAGCAAGAAGGCGAACUAGCAUUAGUAGAAUCCAAACUAGCAACCUCCAACAAUCAACAAGUAGCAGUAACAGCAGAAGAAAAACAUCCAGCAGCAGCAGCAGUACAUUCGAACGAGUAUCAAAAUCACUUCAAUGAAAACGACACAAGAGCGAUGGCAACUGCGGCGGCGACGACGACGACGACGGCGGCCAAUCCUACCGGCUCCCCACCAUCUCCUCUUCAUACGGCGACGGUGGCGGCGUCGGCGACGACAACGACGACGCCAGUAACAUCACUUCUCAAUAACCACCACCACCUCAAUCGUCAUCAUUCCCAACACCAACGUGGUGGUACGCUCGGCAGUCCCGGCCCGGGUGGGGUGGACGCCAAAGUGCUGGACCAGCUCGAUCCGGUGGACCGACAGCGGCACCAACAGCAGCAACAGGAAGACCAAGACCUGCUUGCUGGCCGGAUAGGAAACUCCGUCUCCUCGCCGGCACUGUCGUCGUCGUCUUCGACAACGGCGACUACGACAGCGCUGCUGUCGCCGACCGGCAACAACGAGCAGGACGAACGGCUGGUUGGGAAACUGACCGCCAUCAAGCAGGAACCAACAGAAAAUCAAAACAAUUCAUCAGCAACACCGGAGCAGCAGCAGCAGCAAAAUAAACUAAUUAAGCAGGAAAAUUGUAACAAUUUGCUAAACAGCAAAAUCAUCAUCAACAACAACAACAGUGCAACCAACAACAACAACAAUAAUAAUAUUUCAAGUGGCGAAACUGACGGCACUAGUGCUGCCGGUCCCGCUCCGGAUGGGGAGAAUAGCAAUAUCCAACAGCAUCGGCACCAGCAUCAUCAACACCACCACCACCAUCCUUCGCAGCCACCGACGCCGGUCGAUUGGAAACCGCAGGACAAGUGCUACUUCUGCGUCGACGGUAAGCUGCUGACAGUGAACGAAGCCGGCGAACUGGUGCCCGAGUCCGGAAACCCGCCGCUAACUGCUGGCGCCGGUGUUGGUGGUGGUGCGGCAACCCCCCGAGGUGUUCCCAAAAGCGAGAUUCUGAACGACAGUGAUUGCGAAUCGAGUGACAGCAGUGAAUCGGACCUGCGGGCGGCUAUUGCCGCCGGCCGGGCAGGAGGCCUUCCGGGCUCCAAAUCUCUGGCAGCACUGCUGCGAAGUUCGAGUGUCGCACCCUCGGCCGUUUCCCCUACGAUGGCUUCGCUUCAAACGGUGGCGUCGCAGUUCGCUGCAAUGGCAUCGCUACAGCCGGGCCUGGCGCAGCUUUACGGACCCCUCUGGUAUAGUCAAUUGCAGCAGCAAAUGUCCCCAUCGGGAGUCGGCGGCUCGACAUCGACCGAUCCGACGGCCGCCGGCGUCAGUCCGUCGGAGAAGGGUGCCGAGGGAGCGGUGCCAGCAGUCGGACCAGGUGGCGAACAGCCUUUGGACCUGAGCGCCAAACCGGGUACUUCCGGCCUCAACGCUCUCAACGCCAGCCAGCUCAUGAUGAGCAUGAUGGACCCGAAGCACAUCUACAAGGCCAAACCGCGUCUUUCGCCCAUUGGAGGCCGACGGACGUACACCGAGGACGAGCUGCAAAGCGCACUCCAGGACAUCCUGAACGGGAAGCUGGGCACACGGCGGGCCGCGGUCCAGUACGGAAUCCCACGAUCGACGCUGCGCAACAAGGUCUACAAGCUGGCGAUGGAGUACAAGCGCGAUAUGCUGCACAGCGUGCCCCUGGAUGACGACGACGACGACGAUAAGGACUCGCUCGAGGACGACAGUGUUGGCAGCCCGGCCAAGUACAAUCAGCAAGCUCUAGCCGAAGCCUAUUUGCGCCUGUACGGUGGCAGCAGUAGCAGUACCCCGAAGCCCGAGCCCUCCUCCACACCGUCGACACCUCCCCAGCAACACCCCACUCCAGAACCGCCGAUGCUGAAACCCAUCCACCCGCUAACUCCGCAGCCACAGCAGCAAACCGCCACACCGCAGUCCUCUCCGUUGGCAGUGGCUGCCAACAGUCUGAUCGAUCCCAGCAUCUUACUGCAGCUGCAAAGCCUACUCCUUACAGGAAACCUUCCACGGCUGACGAACCAAGCGGCACAAUCCGGCAAUCCAGAGGAAGCGGCCGCAGCUCAGGCAGCGCUCGCAACCCUCCCCGAGCUGUUGAAAAAACUUAUCCAGCAACAGGAAUUGAUCGCUGAGCAGAUCAAAAAGGCCGCCGGCGGCCCCGAACCACAGCGGCCUUCCGCCAGUACCCCAACUAUGAACAACGGUCAACCAAUCGAUCCACGGUUACUCCCAUACCUGCAGCAAAACAAGUCCCGAGCAGCGUCCGGCACACCGGAAACCACCACCUCCUCCAUGGACCUAAACGACGGUGGCAGUGACGACUCGCAAGUCAUUUUGAAGGUUCCGUCCUACAAGCCAGUCCCCAAUCAGGCCCCACUGCCGACUACUGCCGCAGCUGCUGCACUGCUGGCGGCCAGCAAAAAUGGUGAUCAUCACAAUCUCUCCACGCCAUCCCCGCCGACCAACAGCUCACCUUCGGUGCGCGAUCUCAGCAGUUUGGUCGUCGGAGGUCCUGGCCCCAGCCUCAACAGCAACCCAGCCCCACGACCAAUACACGCAACUAGUCCCCAGCAACCGAGCUCUGCCCAAACCGCAAACCACCUGUCCGUGAUAUCGCCUGCGAUGGGCGGCAUCCGGCCUCGCAGCAAUUCCCAAUCUCCUCCGAGCAUACUUGGCAGCAAGUCCAUGCUAUCCAUCAACGAAGUCAUCGCCAGGAGUAUAAGCAAAAACUUCCAGCAACAUCACCAGUCCGAUCUGAUCAAACAGCAGAUGGAGUCGAUGGAGCAGCAGUACAAACGACCGACCAUUUCCGUCAUCAAGAACCUGGGCGGUACGGACAUUUCGCGCUUCGGCACCAAUCCCAACAUCACGCAAAUGACUGCACAGCAGCUGGCAAAUACCGGUACCGGAGGCAAGGGAACGAGACCAAAGCGGGGCAAGUACAGAAACUACGACCGAGACAGCUUGGUGGAAGCGGUCAAGGCGGUUCAACGGGGUGAGAUGUCAGUGCAUCGGGCAGGCAGCUACUACGGCGUUCCACAUUCCACUCUGGAGUACAAGGUCAAAGAGCGGCACCUGAUGAGGCCUCGGAAGCGUGAACCCAAACCACAACCUGGGUUGGACGGGCUGAAGUCAGAGCUGGGGGGAAGCAGUGGCAGUAUGAGGACUUUGGAUAAGAAUAAGAGUAUGGGAAUGGGAUCUGGUGCGAAGUCUCAGCAGAUGAAGAGCCAGUUUCCGGGAGCGUCUCCGAAUGGCGGUCUGAAAAUGCCGAUGUUCGAUCCAACUAUGGCUUCACAGCUACCGUAUCCGUCACCAUUCAUGUGGCCCCAUCCAGCUGGAUUCUCGGGAUUACCGAUGGAUUUCGGUCGGCAGGCGGGAGCGAGUUCUGGAGCUGGGAGUUCGAGUGGCGCCUCGGGGAUCAUGCAAAGGUUUCAACCGGACCAGCAGGGAGGCAAACUUCCCGGCGCGGGGAGUACCAACAGUGUGACUGGUGGAGUAGGGCCAAAAACUGCUCGUGAGAUUGCCGAAAGUAUAUACGAUGGAACGAGUACAAAUGGGUCGUUUUUGGACGACAUAAUUCGGCACAGUUUGGACAAGAAACCAGGCGAGAUGCAACACGGAGCUCUGUUCGAUCAGUUGAUGAAAAGCAACCGGUCGUCGCAACCGCAGUCGCAGUCAUCGGGGACAGAGGAUCCCGCAACAGCAGCCCUUCUUGCCAAGGUCGGCACUAAACGCAGUGCCACCAGUCCGCUCAACUUCCUGCCAGACAUGAUCAAACGUGAACGCGCCAGUCCGGAUGCGUCGUCCACCUCGUCGACCAGCAGUAAGCUCGGCUCCGUCAGUUUCAACGACCACCACCUCCAGCAACAGCAGCGACAUCUAAAUACCUCCAGCGAAAGUCUGUUUGAGAGCCAGCUUGCCAAGAACAAUCUGGCCGUCGAAAACCUCAUCAAGCUGCGUGAGGAUCUCACAUCGAUGUCUGCGGCGCAUCACCAAAAUCGGACGUCGAUGGAAGAUCAACACAACGGCGGUAAGGACGAUCUAUCCCCAUCCGUUAGCGAUCAGCUCCAGCAGCAACAGCAGCUACACCACCAUCAGCUACUUUCGCAACGGCUCGUUACCAAGUUGCCAACCGACGAUGGCAGUUCAUAGAAGUGACUGCCGCCAGAGGCGCUGCUGUUGUGGCGCUCCCAUACGUUUCUAGGUUAGAGGAAAGGCAGAGACAGAAAAUGUGAGAGCGACACAAGAAGGGCAAAACAGGCGCAGAGAAGUAGUUCAAAUAUUAUUAUUGUAGUUAAAGUGAAAGUGAUUGCAAUUUAUAUUGGGUUGGUGACAGCUUUUUAUCCACGCUCGCGCGCACACACCUGCACCACCGUGUACGUGUGUGGGUGGGCAGCUCUUUUAAACUGGAACGAAGCAACCCAAGCAAAAACGGAAAAUCAAAAUAGCAGAAUCAAUGAGAUGAUGAUGAUGAUAAUUUAGUGCAAGAAAGAAAAUCGCGAAAACUAGUAAAAAAGAGAAUUUUUAAAAUGCGAAUUAGAGAAGCAGACACAGAAGUAGAAGAAAACAGAAGACGCAGAAGUUUUUGACAAUCGACAAAUAGGCUCUUGUAAAAUUCCCCCCUUUUCACAAGUACACAAAACGCAUUACGUGAAGCAUGGAACAAAAACAGAAAAUCGCAUAUUUUGGACCGCUUCAUUCCUCAUAUUCCGCGCUACCCACAUGAAACAAUAAUCGAAGAAAAUAAAUAAGACAGUAAUCCGGUUAAAAGAUGCAAAGAAAUAGACACAACGGCGCAAGACAGAUGCAGUCGUCGAGCAAACAACAGUAAAACAAACUACGGGAAGUCUGAUUUUUAUAAUACGAAGCACCGCUGUCUCGAGCGCGCUCAAACGGUGAUUAUUUUUCGAGACACAAACCAGUUGCAAACGGCGGAGGAAGAUUUUCUAUCAUUUUACAUGCAUAUGUAGGUACCACACAUCAACUGCUGGAACAUCUAACAACACGAUAAUAACCAACCAACUAACAAGUAUACCGGUUAAACGCCUCAGAAAAGUCAGAAACAAUUUAGGCCAAACGAUUUCUUUUUUACGAUUUUUAUUUUUCGAGAUUUUUCGGAGCUGAAUGAGACCCUGGCUGAAGCUGUGCGGAGCGGAGCGAUUUGACAUUAAAACGAUAAGUUUUGUAGGUCAUACAAUUCCGAACAUUCGGAUUCAAUUUGAGUUUUUUUUUUCAAUGAAUCACUUUUUUGAUGAAUCAAAAAUCAAAUCAUAUUUGAUUUGUUUCAACUUUCGAUUUUAUCACUGCAGUAAAAUCGUUUUCUAAUGGAGGCAAAUCUUAUCGUUUCACAGAGCCACGAAUCGUCAAUUUUUGUGCACUGAUGAGGCAAUGAAUAAGCGUAAUAUUUGGCAGUGUGAAAACGAUUUAUUAUUUGGUUUGCGGUUUGACAUAAUGAUUUGUUUGAUUUUAGACGACGCAAGCCAAAUGUAAAAUUAACUUCCGUAAAAUGCCGCUUCACACGAUAUUUCUGAAAAGUUUAUUUUGUAGAAUUUUCAUAAAAAUGACAGAUUUUUCAAUAACGCAUUCUCAAAAUGACUUAUGAGUUUUGUAAAAAAAAUUCAAACAUCAAUUGCAAAUGCGAUAAGUUGACGUUUGAAUCUUUGUUUACAAAAUCACAUCAGUCGUUUGGUAAAAUUGUCAUCAAUUUGAAAUAAAUGCACAACAGUAUCAAGGAAAAGUUUAUUCUUUCUUUGUCUCCGAUUGUCAAAGAGUAAUUUAAAUCGCAAUAGACCAUGCCUUUCUUGAAAUUUGAUUAUUCGUUAUUCAUAAAUCAUUAAUCGGGAAAAAUUGCACAAACAGUGGAGGAAAAAAUUAUUCAAAAAUGCCGGGGAUAGCUCGACGGUAAGUCCACGCUGCCGGAGCGGCCCCAUUUAUCCGCAACUCAAUUAAAACAAUCCCCACUCACGCUCGUUACUCGCACUCACACAAACAAAGCUCUGAUCUCCAUAAUGACUGCGAAUUAAGGAGCUAUGCUACCGCUUUCCCGAAAGAACGCAGUGAAAAAAAAUCGAUCAAACACGCAAUUAUCCGAACCCUCUCAAUACUCGUUGCCUAUUUCUGAAACGCAACGACGAUGGAUGGUUGAGCAACCGCAGAGGCAUAAAAAAUCAACCCUCAUAAUUUCAUUUAGUUUGCGUGUAUCGUCAACGUCCCGUCCCCACAACUUUCAGCGGGGGGUCAAUUCAGCCUCCGAAUGAUUGUAUCUUUGGUUCAACUUCAUCAAAUGCAGAACAAAUAAACGACUGAAGCAGCAAACAAUAUCAACCCCCUUUGGACGAAACAAAAUCACGUUUGGACCUUUAAAAAUAAGCUAUUUGAAAAUCAAAACAUGCAUAAAAACACAAUUUUGCACAUUUUGUAAACAAAUUUCCAAAAAAAAAUCAAUGUCGUGGCUAAGUAAGAAAAUCAAAAUUAAAAUUAAACCCAAAAAAAUGUAUCGAUCUAUGAACUAAAGAAACAAAAGUCGUAUUUGUUGUUCAAAAUUCUAAUCCAAGAUAAUAUCAAAAUCACAAAGUAAAUGAAAACGUGGAUAGCAAGUCGUGAACAUAUUAGUAUAUAUAUUUAUGUUUAUCUUUGAGAGGGUAUAACAAAGAAAAACAAACAUUUUAUGACAGUCGUCAAGAUGGAAAUAAAGACAAAAUGGCGUCUGCAGUAAAGUAACUCUAUGUUUCGACGUUUUUAUCUUUAAACAAAAGCAAAAAUCAUCCACCAAAAAUAUUUGUGUACUAUUGUCAAAACAGAUAUCAAAAUUUAAACAGAAAUCGAAAAUAUCAAGUCUCGUAAACUCGGUGUUUUAACCUAAGGUUACUAUAGAAAAGGUAGGCGAAUCGUUCUACCGGCUUUCAUCCGGAAGCGCCAACAGUGGGUAAAAUAUGAAAAAAUAAGUGUUUCGCAUCUCGUAAAAUAUCAUUAGGCGGGCGCUUGCCUCCAGCGCCGACUCACGGAGUUAUAACUAUCAGAUUGAAUCGAUAGAGCAAAAGUCCUUAACCCCUCUUCUUCCCGUACCACAUCAUCCCAUACUUAUCAUCAUCCAUCGGAAUCAAAACCCAAACACCCGCAAACGGAAACAUUUGCGCUUCACCGACGACGGUAGGGCGUGCAAAAUUUAGCAACCGCGAAACAGGUGACCUACAUGUGAAGGUCAAACCAAAAAAAAAACACAGUCAGCGGUUUAAAAAAUAUAUUAUAUAUGUGUGUGUCUUCACGUCACGUAUACCUCAAAAGUAAAGGCAGAAAAUGAGAUAAGAAAAGAAAAAACAGAAAAUUAAACCUAUUAACUGAACAAAAAAAUCAAAACAAACAAGAAAUACAAGAAAGUAAGUUCAUUUUUUUUGACAGUUUGCAUAUUAAAUCACAAUAACAACAAUAAUGACAGCAGAGUGCGGCACCUGAAAUGCGAGUGUUUAUGAAUGGAUGCAUCAAGGCGGUUUGUUUACAUUUCGUAAAUGGAUGUCUAUAUAAGCGCCCUGCCAAAAAAUGCUGGGCUUCUGCAUUGAAGUUUGUGUUUGGAAUUUGACUUACAAAAGGUGAGCUUAUUGAAAAUUAUUAGAAAUUAUAACAAACAGCAUCUUGCGCAACUUCAUAAACAAACGAAUGUUGAGUGCCGUGCCGCUGUAAACAGACCUGCAUUAAUUUUCUGUUGUUCUAUUCCCACAAGCACACACACGUCAACGUACCGUGAAAUCAAUAUCUACCGGACAAAGCAAAACAAUAGAUUCAAGCCACAAGCAAGAGACUAGUUUUUCGUUUCUUUACGUCAAAAACAAAACAACAAAAAUCAUGAACAAAACGCCAUUUUAAAUUUCGUACUACUUCAGCGAUAGGGCUGUUAAGGCAUUAUAACUUUAAAAAUCUUAGGAAAAUAAAAAGAAACAAAAACAGAGAUGAAAGACAGAAAAACACAAGUUAAAAAUUUAAAACAUGGAGAAAAUUUUAUAUGAAGGUAAAAUUAUACAUGAAAAUAUUAUAAUUAAUUAUUGAAAAGUAUAUUUAUACACUAUCUGUGAUUGAUAAUCCAAAAUUUUGAUGUAUAUUUUUCUCUAAAAAUAUGAAAAAACCAAACGCGAAUAAGCCAUUUCACGAUGAUGUUGUGCUUAACAGGAAACCAACACUAGAAUCGUGUUUAGAGAGAAUCAAAAUCACACUUACAAGGGUACUUUUAGAGGAUAUCUUCGUCGUAGCAAAAGCAAAUCUCCGAUCAAAGCAAAAUCAAAACAAAUCGAACCUUUUGGUGUAUCAGAUCUAGACGUUGAAAAAAAACGAAAACAAAAACGCGGCGAACGAAGCUAAAGGUUUAAAACGAAAUUUCGGUUCAGAAUUAACAUCAAACCACACAAAAAACAGUAAAUCAACAAGGCAAUAGAAUCAGCAAUCCGUAUACAAGCAUAACACAGACAGUGUUGACGUUUUGAUCAGUUUCAACGGACUCGUUUGGUUCUGAUUAACACACACACACUCACAAAACCUACUUGUAACAGGAACAAACAAUAGCAGGCAUAUUCGAGCGCAAGGCGUUUGGUUCAACUUUCAUUUUCAAACCACCACACGAAUGAUUUCAAUUUCUUACGUUCUAACGCAAAACAACCAACGGGGAACUACGUUUCUUGUGUUGUCAGUCAGAGAAAGUCAGAGGCGAAGCGGACGAAGCUUGAGAGAAAAUUAGAUAACUAGGAGAUAUCGACUUGUUUUUGUUAGGCAGAAGAGAAAAAAAAAUACACACCGGAAGCGGAGACAGAAAAGGAGGGUAAUUUAAUAUUAAAAAGUAAAUAAAAAAAGUGCAAUUAGAACGAUAUAAACCGUAACAUAUUCGUUAUUUAUAUUAAAGAAAACAAAAAAGGGAAAACAUACAAGUGAGGAAACGAUAAAACAUGCGAAAACCUUGAGAAUAGUGGAAAGAGAAAAGAAAUAAGAAAACCACAUAAAUUAAAAUAUAUAGGGAAAAUUAUUUAAUUCUAUAUUUACAAAACAAAAACCAACCCAAAAACAAAAACGCGAGAAAAAACGGAAAAUAAAUACCUAUAAGAAACUAAACAGAAGGGUAAACAGCGAUGGACAGCAACAUAAAGACAAACACGAGACGGUCUUAUUGAACGAAAGCAAAACAAGAACUGAAUUUGAGGAAAAACAGCAAAUCAAACAACAGAAACGUUUUGUGUUAAAACCAGAAGCAAAGACAUUUUGAGCGAAGUGAGGCACCGGAAGAUAAUUCCUAUCUAAAUCGAAAACAAAUCUUCAACUUUUUUUUCUAAUCACACUCACAAACACUUAGUAAUCGUUUAAAAAAAAGCUUAAGUGAAACUGAAAAUCAAAAAUUUUAUUACUUUUAUAGAUUUUUUUUUGUGCGGCGAGGCCCCGUUUUCCAGCAGCUGGAAAACUGGCCGCCUCGCCAGAGCCGCGGUAUAGCUAUAGUGCAAUCAUUUGGUUCCAGUCGCAAAUGGAUGGAACCGCAAACGCAAUUUAGGAUCUACUUUUUAACGCUACCUACUUGUACUUGUAAUUUCUUCUAGGGACCCGGCAGUCGACGGGAAAUUAAAGAUUCUGAAACAGCCAAAAUAGCAAAAAAAAAAGAAAGAGUCGAAGAAUAAAACAACGUGCGACGCAUCAGAAUGCGAAAGGAAUUUCCCGACCCGUUUUGAAAAGGGGAAACCAUUUUUCAAAAGUUUAUUUCUAGGACGAAGCACAUAAAUGAAACUGUUUACUGGAUUGAGGACAAACUGCAGUUAUGACGAAGGUCGGUAAGGUACGAGCACUGUUGGUUGCCAAAAAUCAUUGUUGAAAACAAAUUCCACAUAUUUUAGUUAAUCAGCUUUUAACCAGCGCGGCCACCACAAUUCAAUUUUCGAUAGGGAGGAUUUAGUUUGGAACUUG